AUGCCUUCCAUCUCAGCCUCCAUAGUCACCCUUCUCAUACAUUGGUUCCGCUCGAACAAGGCCGCCCAGGAAGAUGAAGAGGCGACGCGUCAGAACAUUCAAGAGACCUACCUCCGACCACAGGACCAUCGCCCUCCCGCUAGCCUUGGCUCAAACAUAACCAUUGAGCGCGUCGACGUGCAGGAAUGGCCUUUAUACAGGAUCUCCACAACAAAUUCUCAGACCAAGAGUCAGCAGCGCAAGGCUCUUCUCUACAUCCACGGCGGAUCUUUUUUUAAGGAAAUAUAUCCCCAGCAUUGGAAGCUCGCCGCGCAAAUCGCAAGUGAGACGGAUCUGGACGUCUUGAUACCGAUUUACCCACUCGUCCCGAGACCAGUGGCCACGGCGCAGAAACUUGCUGAUGGGUUUGUCGAUAUUUGUCGGUUGUCGAAGCAGUCUAUCGUGAGCAUCGCGGGUGAUUCAGCAGGCGGUACACUCGCUCUAGCAAGUACCCUCCAUCUCAGAGAUACAGCGCCUGAUCUAUUCGCAAAAAUACGCUCUCUGAUUCUCAUAGCGCCUUUUCUCGACUGUGCAGUCGAUCAUCCUGAAGCACUACGUCUCGCCAAGAUCGAUUUCUGGCUCGGUGUAACAGGCCUUCGCAUCUCAGGCAAGAUAUUCGCGGGAGACUUGCCGAUCAAGCAUCCCCUCGUCAGUCCGCUAUACGGCCACAUGGAUAAACUUCCACCAUUGCUUAUGUUUGGCGGACCGAGAGACUUGCUCUGCGCUGAUGCUAGACGGUUGAAGUCCAAGUUGCUAGGCAAAGACGUGGAUGAGGCUCCGGCGGGGAGCGUGGAGACAGAUCGGCUUGUGUAUGUUGAGAAGGAGGGUAUGAUUCAUGUUUGGCCUUUACUCCCGCAUAGUGAAGGUGCAGAGGGACGAAAGAUGAUUAGUGCUUUUGUUAACAAGCAUUUAGAGCGAUAG